AUGGGACAGAAACUUACAAGCCAGUCGUCCAAGACCAAAAAAAAAAAAGGUCAGACAUUUUCAGAAAACCAGAUCAUCCACAACUCUCCAGAUAAUAUCGAUGAGCCGAUGAUAAUAGAAUCUUCAUGCGUCAAUUUCAACUUUGUUUUGAAAAAUGUUGCAGAAAUCCCAAGCUUUGUAUGGCAUCUGACUGACGUCCAAAAACUCAAUCUCUCUCAUAACAGAUUGGCUAAACUUCCACCUGCUCUGGGUAAGCUUGAACAAAUAGUUGUAUUGAACUUAAGUUGGAAUAAUAUUGUUUACUUGCCCAGAGAAAUUGGACUUUUGAAGAACCUCAAAGUCUUAUUUGUUAAUAUGAAUUUUUUGUAUGACGUCCCCGAGGAGCUGAGUUUGUGCAAUAAGCUUGAAGUUCUUAGUUUAUCACACAAUUGCAUCUCUGGACUUCCUACCCCCUACAGCGACUUAACUAACCUGAGAAAAUUAAAUCUUAGCAAUAAUUGGAUAGUGAACAUUCCUGUGAGUGUUUUCCAGAUGAGAAAUUUGAAUUUUCUGCAUUUGGGUUCCAACAAAAUAGAGAAUAUCUCAGACAACAUUAAACAAUUAGAAUGCCUGAAGAUAUUUAUUGUUGAGAAUAAUAAAAUACGAGUUUUACCUCGGUCUAUUUGCUCACUAUCUACUCUUGAACUACUAAAUGCAGAUUUUAAUGUUUUAAAGACACUUCCAGAUGAUCUAUUUAUGUUAAAUAGAUUGUCAAGAAUCGCAUGGAAUCCAAUUGACAAAGGUCUCCAUAUAAUAAAUAAUCCCUUAGGUGAUCCUCUCGCAGAUUUGGCAAGAGGGGGGCUGAGUAUGCUAUUUGAUUACCUAAAAGACAGAAAGAAGAUGAUGUGAC